UGCUGGCGGACGGGCCGGCACCGAGCCAUGAGGAGCUGGGGGGUGCUGGGGGGCGCGGCGGCGGCGCUGGCGGCCGGCAUUUACGUCCUGUGGGGCCCCAUCACCGGCAGGAAACGGCGCCGGAGAGGGCUUGUCCCGGGCCUCCUGAACCUGGGCAACACUUGUUUCAUGAAUUCCCUGCUCCAGGGCUUGUCCUCCUGCCCCUCCUUCAUCAGGUGGCUGGAGGAGUUCACAGCACAGUACAGGACAGAGCAGGAGAAAUCCCAGGAGCAUCAUCAACACCUGUCAGUGACUUUGCUGCAGCUCCUGAGAGCUUUAUCCUGCCAGGAGGUGACAGAGGACGAUGUCCUGGAUGCCAGCUGCCUGCUGGAGGUGCUGAGGAUGAACAGGUGGCAGAUCUCCUCCUUUGAGGAGCAGGAUGCCCAUGAGCUGUUCCAUGUCCUGACCUCUUCCCUGGAGGACGAACGGGAUCGGCAGCCCCGUGUGACCCAUCUGUUUGAUGUGCAUUCCCUGGAGCAACCAGAAAUAACCCAAAAGCAAAUAAGCUGCAGGACAAGAGGAUCUCUUCCUCCUGUGUCCAACAACUGGAAAUCUCAGCACCCUUUCCAUGGAAGGCUGACCAGCAACAUGGUCUGCAAACACUGUGAGCACCAGAGCCCUGUGAGGUUCGACACCUUCGACAGCCUCUCCCUGAGCAUUCCAGCGGCUGUGUGGGGUCGUCCCAUGACACUGGACCACUGCCUCCAUCACUUCAUCUCCUCUGAGUCUGUGAAGGAUGUUGUGUGUGACAACUGCACCAAAAUCCAGGCAGAAGGAAUUCUGAAUGGACAGAGCAUAGAAAACCAGAGAACAACGUUUGUUAAGCAAUUAAAGUUAGGAAAGCUGCCCCAGUGUUUGUGCAUCCACCUGCAAAGGCUGAGCUGGUCAAACCAGGGCACUCCCCUGAAGAGACACGAACACGUCCAGUUCAACGAGUUCCUGGUCAUGGACAUCUACAAAUAUCGGGUUCCUGGGCCCAAAUCCAGCCAGGAGCAGCUCAGCCAGAAAAACUCCGAGGAGAUAACCCCUGGAAUAAAGGAUGGGAGAGCAGGGAAACCUUCAGAUGCAGAACAACCAGCUGGUCCCAAACCUCUCUUCAUGAAUGGUGCCUCCUCUUCCUCCUCCACUUCCUCAUUUCUAAUGUCCCCAGGAGCUUUCCCACUUGCUGCAUUCCCUGAGUGCAGGGCCCCGCUGUACCUGUACCGCCUGAUGGCCGUGGUGGUGCACCACGGGGACAUGCACUCGGGACACUUCGUCACCUUCCGGCGCGCGCCGGGCGCCCGCGGCAGCCAGUGGCUCUGGAUCUCGGACGAAUCCGUGCGCAGGGCCAGCCUGCACGAGGUGCUGGCUGCCAGCGCCUACCUGCUGUUCUACGAGCGCGUGCACGGCCGGGCCCAGCCCCAGAGCUGAGCCGGGAGCCCUCGGAUCGCGCCUCUCCGUUAUGCAAACCUCCCCCCUUCUCCCCCCAGGCUCCCUUCCCCGUGGGAGCAGCUGGCAAUUGGGGUUUGUACCCAAAUCCCGCUGUCCCAGCCCGUGCAGCCCCGGGUGUGUGUUGAGAAGCGUUUUCCUGCCUUGUCCCAAGGCUCUGUUCCAUGUCCUUUUCCCAGGGAGAUGCUUUAUCCCACGCAUUUCGUUUCCCAAGGGCCUGGAGAGGGGUUGUGAUGUCAAGCUGCUGUUGAAGAGCCCGUCCCAAUCCCUCCCCUGGCACCUCCAUUAUGCACCAGCCCCAUUCCCUGUGGCAAUGGCUGGGAAUUGUGUUUUGUACCAAAAUUCCUGGAGCUGUUCCAAUGUCCAGCCCCGAGCGUGUGUUGGGGAGCCUUUGUCUGCCAGGCAGGGAUUUUAUCCCAAGGCUCUAUUCCCAUUGUUUCCUAGUGGGGAGCCCUGGGAGGGGGCAAGGGGAAGCUGCUGUUGGCGAUGAUUUAAGACACAAAGUGCCUUGAGCUUCCCUGAACAGCUGCAUUGCCACUGGCCCAGCCCUCUGCAUGCCCACUGUGUCCUGGGAAUGCCUCACAACCACGGGAUGAACCCAUGGAAUCACAUUUCUCCUGACCUAUCAAGGCAUCUCCACAAACAGCCCCGAUCCAAAAGAUUUCCCUGUUCACACAAUUUUCCUCCCACUGUCCCUUCUUUAUAAAGUCCUUCUCCUGAUUUAAAUUGCUUUAUCCAGGAGAUAAUUUUGUACCUAUUAAGAGUUGAAACCUUAAUUUAUUGCUCCAUACCUUUGGAAUAUAGCUGGAAUCAGCACAUGGAAGUGUUUGCUAGUGCUCAGUGUUCUCAUUUCCUUCAGCACUGUUGAAUCCAGUUGUUUUGUAGCAUCCACUACAACUUUUAAUGCUGUGAUUUCCAAGCUGCUGUCAUUGUUCUAGACUUGCCCUUCCCAUUUGAUUGCUGGAAUUCUAUUAUGGAUUGCUAUUCCCAGCACUGGGAUCCACGCUCCUGGCUUGCAGCUGAGCUGUAGAGCAGCCCCUGGCCUUGAUAAAUGGAAUAUAAACAACAGGGACAGGACUGGUGGGCACUUAACUGGUCUCAUGAAGAAAUCUGGGAGUCCUGCAUCAGCUCCAGGCUGCCAUGUAAAUAGAAACAAGGGGAAUUCUGCUGCUCUGGAUUGUUUGAGGUAUUUAAAAAAAAAAAAAAAUCAAAUAAAAACAAAUCCCAAAGCCCAGAGUGAGAAGCAGCAAAAAUCCUCCUUUCAAAGUCUGCUUUUAAAUGACCAGGAAUAAAAUAUGUAGGUUGUUUUUAGCUCUUUUCUGUCCUUAUAAGCUUGGAGGAGAAAAAAUCUCUCAUCAGACAAGCUUUUUUUCAGUGUGAAGUUUUCAAAUAACAACUGUCUUAAAUAGUCUUUUUUUUAGGGCAACUUUGUACCUCAUGAAUUCAUAGUGCUGCCCAAAGCUCGGGGGUGUUCACACUUCCUCAGGAGAGGCUCCAAACCAGCCAAAGCAGGAGUGGUGAAAUGGAUAUGCAAAAUUAUUUACACAACUCAUCAUUCCUGAGCCUGGAGCACAAUUCCUGGCCCAGGUGAAGCUCAUAGUACAUAAAUAUUGAUAAAUCCACUGCUGGGCUGGGUCCUGGUUCCUGGCUGUGCUGCACGAGCAGUAGUUUGGUUUUAACCUGUUUUAAAUAAGAGAAAACCAAGAGAACUAACAACAAAAGAAAAAAAAUACCAAAACCAAACCAACCUUCAAGGAUGCAAAAUGCCAAAAAUUUGCUCUGGCCAUUGAAGGCAGAGCUGACAGAGCUGGAGAAGGAGCCAGCCUUCUAAAACCAUCACCCCAACAUCUCCCUCCAGCAGAUCUGCCCCUGCACCUCAGAACUGGAACCAUUUCCAGUGCCAGCAGUGGCUGUCCUGCAUUAUCCACGCUCACCACUCUGCCUGGGGGUUUUCCCUGGAUUUGGGAGCUCAGCUGAGCAGCCCCUGGGCUCAGUUGUGCUGGAGGAGGGGCAGAGGACACGCACACUACGGACUGAAAGCUGAAAUGUGGCAGCUGGGACAAAGUCAGCUCUUCCUGCACAGCCAGCAGGUUUUCUUUUGCCAAGAGCUGUUUCCCUGGGCUGUGGGUUGACUCUGGAUCUCCCUCAAGGGCUAUCAAGGGGAGGGCUGAGCCUUUUUUCUGGUUUUGCCUGUUGGGGAGGAGUGGAUGGGCUUGGUUUAACCCUCAGGUAAGGAAGGGAGCAAAGCCCAGCGCACCUCAGUCCUGGCCCUGAGCUGUGCCAGAUCUUCCCAGCCCCCUGUGAGCUGGGGAUCUGUGCAGGGCUUUGGGAGCUCAUCCUCCCCCCUCUGGAGGUCACUGGGAUCCGUUUUCCAGCCAAACCUCCCCCUCUGGAGGUCACUGGGAUCCAUUUUCCAGCCAAACCUCCCACUUCUGGGAGGGCUCCAUGCAGCCACAAGGCUCAAAUGCUGGUACUCAUCCAUCCCAAGCUGCCAUGGUGGAGAAGAUGUUAAUAAAUUGUAAAGAAUUAAGAGCUCCAAGAUGA